AUGGAGGAACUUGCCCGGGAGAGCAUCUGCCUCUUCUCCCGCUCUGCCUCACACUCAGACCAGCCGAGACUGGGCUCAUUUGGCGCUGUGUUUAUCAUGCUCAAGUCUGCACUGGGAGCUGGGCUGCUCAACUUUCCCUGGGCCUUUGAGAAAGCAGGAGGAGUGACCACUGCCAUCUCCGUGGAACUGGUGUCCCUGGUGUUCCUCAUCAGUGGUUUGGUGAUUUUGGGCUAUGCCUCAUCCAUCAGCAGACAGAAGACCUAUCAGGACGUGGUGAGAGAGGUGUGCGGUCGUGCCGUGGGCCAGCUCUGUGAGGUCUGUUUCUGCUUCAACCUCUUCAUGAUCUGCGUGGCCUUCCUGGUGGUGGUGCAGGACCAACUGGAGAAAUUGUGUAUUUCUUUAUAUGAAACUGCCACUGGCUCCACUGAGGCGGAAAUGCCAUAUCACUGGUACACGGACCAGCGCUUUGCCCUCUUCAUCAUGUGUCUGGUCAUUAUUUUGCCACUGUCCAUCCCAAAAGAAAUUGGUAUCCAGAAAUACACCAGUGUGCUGGGGACACUGGCUGCUACGUACCUCUGUGUUGCUGUGAUUGUCAAAUAUUAUUUGAUGGAGAGCCACACUGUCAUCAUCACUCCAGAACACAGCCAAGGAGUGGGCUCCUGGGCAUCAAUGUUCAGUGUUGUGCCAACAAUAUGCUUUGGUUUUCAGUGUCAUGAGGCGUGUAUAGCCAUCUACAGCAGUAUGGAGAACCAGAAGAUCUCCCACUGGGUUGGCAUCUCAGUGGUGUCCAUGUUUUUCUGUUUACUCAUCUACACUUUGACUGGUGUGUACGGCUUCAUGACAUUUGGGCGAGACGUUGCUUCUGAUAUUCUUAUGUCAUAUCCUGGAAAUGAUGUGGUCAUGAUUAUCUCACGACUGCUUUUUGGCAUAUCUAUCAUCACCAUAUAUCCAAUCAUUCUUUUAUUGGGCAGAUCUGUCAUCCUGAAUCUGAUGCUGAGGCUCAGGCGGCGCAGUCAUGGGAUCGUCACUAGUUCGUUUGAGAGUCGCUGUCGGGUUGUCUUAACUAUCGUGUGGAUUGCCAUCACUCUUCUCAUCGCCAUGUUUGUCCCAGACAUGGGCGAGGUUAUCAGUGUGAUUGGAGGAAUCAGUGCUUUCUUUAUUUUCAUCUUUCCAGGACUGUGUCUCAUGUUUAUAAUGCAGACAAAGCAAGGGUCAUCCAGAUUCAGUGGUGUUUUAACAGUUUGGGGUGUCAUAACCAUUGUAGUUGGAGCCUUCAUUUUUGGACAGAGCACAACAAUUGCAAUUAUGGAACUCAUCAACAAAUUUUAA